AAUGAGGUGGUUGCCGGGACUCCUGCUCAUCGCUUCUAUCGGUUUUCAUCAAUCAUUGGCCGAUAGAGUUCUCGUUUUAGGAGAAACUGCUGCUGUGAAAGACACUCAUUCAGUUUUUCUCAACUCUGUUAAAGAGCGAGGACAUGAGCUAACCGUUCGUGCAGCCGACGACUCUCAACUUGCCCUAUUCAAGCAUGGUCAGCUGAUCUUUGACCAUCUCUUCAUUCUUGCCCCAGGGGUUCAAGUCUUCGGAGGAUCCCUUUCUCCAUCUGAAAUCUCGAAGUUUGUGGAUGCUGGAGGGAAUGUUCUGGUCGCUGCUGGGUCUAACAUUGGUGAUGCUCUUCGUGAAAUUGCUGCUGAACAUGGAUUCGAAUUCGAAGAAGCUGGAACUUCUGUUAUUGACCAUCACAACUACGAUCAAACUCUCGAUUCUGGGGAUCACACAACUCUCGUAGUCGGAAAAGAUCAGCUCAUUAGUGCGGAACUGAUCGUUGGAAACUCGGCAAAGCUGCACCCAGUUCUUUUCAAGGGAAUUGGAUUAGUUGCUGGAAAGACAAAUAAUCUUGCACUGAGCAUUGUCAGAGCAUCUGGAACCGCUUACUCAUAUGAUCCGAAAGCUGUUCGAGCUACGAAUCCAUCUAUCGCCGGAUCUCGUACAUUGCUGGUCGGUGGACUUCAAUCUCGAAACAAUGCCAGAAUUGUUUUCACUGGAAGUUCCGAACUUUUCUCCAAUACCUUCUUCUCCGCAAAAACCAACUCCGUCAAUCCUUCCGUACAAGGAGCUCAAUCUGGAAACGCCGAUUUUGCUACAGCCAUCACUAGAUGGGUGAUGAAGGAGAGUGGAGUUCUUCGUGUCAAGACUGUCAAUCACCACAAGAAAGGUGAAACUGUACCACCAGUUGAGGGUUAUUUCAUUACCGAAGAUGUUGUUUACACCAUUGAAAUCGAAGAGUUGAAGAAUGGAAAAUGGGUUCCAUUCCAAGGAAAGGACGUUCAACUUGAGUUUGUUCGCAUCGAUCCAUUCGUCAGAGCAACAUUGAAGAACAGCAAUGGUCGUCUUAGCGUUGCUUUCAAGCUUCCAGAUGUGCUCGGAGUUUUCAAAUUCCUGGUUGAUUACAGACGCGUUGGAUACACUCAUCUCUAUGAUGUGCAACAGGUGUCGGUUCGUCCAUUGUGGCACACCCAGUAUGAACGUUUCAUUCGCUCCGCAUAUCCAUACUACGCCUCUUCGUUCUCAAUGAUGGCGGGACUCGUGUUGUUCUCCAUCGUCUAUCUUUAUCAUAAAGAUACGCCAGUCAAAGGAGCCAAGGUUCUGGAUUCCGAAAAGAAGAAAAACUAAAUGCUCUUUUUUCGCAAAGUUUGCCUCUUCGCCUACUGGUUUUUUCUCCCUCUCUCCUCAAUUCGUUUUCAUCGCCCGAUUCCAAUGAUUUCUAACUUAUUUAUUUUUCUGCUUUUAGGUGAUUUAUAUUCGUUCCCCUUUCUCCUACCAAAGUUUUUUUGUUUUAAUGUAUUCAAGUUUUAUGUCCCAACUGGUUGUAUUUCUUUAAAAGUAUGUACUUUUGUGAUAAUAAUAAUAUUUUUCAUGUU